AAUAGCAACAAUUUAAUUUUUUUCGUUGUCAAAUGUCAAUGUCAUAUUAAUGUCAAAAUCACACUGUCAAUGGUCGUGUGUUUAGUACGCAUUAGUACUGGAAAAAAUUGUUUUAAUCCCAAAAUUCAGGAUGUCCAAAGAUCCACUCGACGAAUUAAUACAAUUCCUGAAAUUUGAUUCCAGGAUAGAUCUGAAACAUAUCGCCUUGGACCAUUUAGUUGGUCUUUCAGGCAGCGAAGACGGUAUUAAUGCAUUGCUAAAAAACGAGCAAGUAAUCGCGAGUAUCAUUGAGUUAACUAGUGAUAGUGUGGAUGAGGUCGCUAAAAAUGCUCUUUUAGCGCUUGUAAACAUCACAGCCAAUUCCAAAGGAGCUUCGGAGAUACUAAAAUACCGUCCGAGUACUUGUAAAAAUAUAAUAGAGUUGCUUAUAGGUUAUGUUCUUGAUCCUAAUAAAAAGGAUGCAGAUGCAGCUUGUAUGAUACUUUCCAAUAUAACGCGUCUGGAAGAUGAGUUGGAAGUGUGUUUAGACACAUUAAUACCCAAAUUAAAUGACAUUUUGAAUGUUUACGUCAACAUUGACUUUAACAAAACUGGUUCGAAAUUACACUACCUUGCGGCCAUGUUCAGCAAUCUGAGCUGUAGCAGUAGAAUACGCAAAUGGCUGACAGAGGAGAACCCACACGUACCUUUGAUUAAAAUCUUGCCAUUUUGCAAUUAUGAGCAAUCUAACAUUCGCCGCGGAGGUGCAAUAGGAACUAUACGAAACCUAUCAUUUGAUAUUGAAUAUCAUGAUAUAUUGCUAAACCCAGAUUUAGAUAUACUUACAUAUCUGCUAAACCCUUUAAUGGGCAAUGAGGAUUAUCCGGAUGAAGAAAUGGAUGUGCUGCCGAUAGCAUUGCAAUAUUUACCUAAAGAAAAGAAGAGAGAAAUCGAUGUAGAUAUUCGGAAAAUGAUUUUAGAGACACUGAACAAGUUUUGUAGUAAACGGAACUGUAGAGAGAUUCUACGGAACAACGGAGUAUAUUACGUGUUACGGGAGUAUCACAAAUGGGAGAAAGACCCAAAAGUGUUAUUGGCUUGUGAGAAUGUUGUAGAUAUUCUGAUUCAGAAAGAAUCUGAGGUUGGAGCAGAGGAUUUGUCAGCCGUUAAUGUGCCAGAGGAUUAUAAGGAGAAGUUUCAAAAAAUUGAUGAAGAUUAUAUAAAAAGUGCUGCAUCUUAAGACAAAAGUGCAGGACCUGUGAGAAAUCGCCUUUUCAUUCAAACAGUCCUCAUUUUCCUCUCUGGAUUAUUAACAUUAUUGAAAGUCUUUUGACACAAUUUGUUGUAUAUAUACCACAGCUCUUUUUUCGAAUUGUUAAUUAUUUUAAAGUUAGGAGCAUAUAAAAAUUUGUAUGAAGUGUUUUUUGCAGCAAAUUUUUGCAAUAAUCAAAAAAUCAAAAAAAGUCUAAGUACAAAAUGGUUAAUAUACAUCAAAUUAUGUAAAAAUAUGUUCCAUAGUGGCAACAUCACAUGAGUUCAUCAAUUUUUUCGUGGAUUUUCAUCCAGAGAGGUAAAUGGGGACUAUGUAUUUAUGGAGAAGCGGCCGUCCCCUUUCCUCUUAAUUUGUGUACUUGCUAGGUUAAGUUAUAAAUAAAUGCAUUUAUUUAUGGUUUUCA